AUGUCUUUAGCUUUUGACGAAUACGGACGCCCCUUCAUCAUUAUCAGAGAAUAAGACUAAAAGAAACGUCUUAAAGGUAUCGAUGCAUACAAAGCUAACAUCUAAGCUGCCAAGACUAUUGCUAGCACUUUAAGAUCAUCCUUGGGUCCUAAGGGUAUGGAUAAGAUGAUGAUCUCUCCUGAUGGAGAUGUCAGUGUUACCAAUGAUGGUGCUACCAUUGUUGAAAAGAUGGACAUUUAACAUCCUGUUGCAAAAUUGAUGGUUGAACUCAGUCAAUCUUAAGAUAAUGAAAUUGGUGAUGGUACCACUGGUGUUGUUGUUUUAGCUGGUGCAUUGUUGGAACAAGCCAACAUCCUCAUCGAUAAGGGUCUUCACCCUCUUAAGAUUGCUGACGGUUUCGACAAGGCUUGUGAAAUCGCUUGCGAAAGACUUGAAUAAAUUGCUGAAGACAUUGACAUCAACGAAAAUACCCACGAAAGAUUAGUCGAAGCUGCCAUGACUGCUUUGAGCUCUAAGGUCGUUAGUAAAAAUAAAAGAAAGAUGGCUUAAAUCUCCGUUGAUGCCGUCCUUUCCGUUGCUGAUCUUGAAAGAAGAGAUGUCAACUUUGACUUGAUUAAGCUCCAAGAAAAGACUGGAGGUUCCUUAGAAGAUACUAGACUCAUCCAAGGUAUUUUAGUUGAAAAGGAUAUGUCUCAUCCUUAAAUGCCCAAGGAAAUUUAGGAUGCUAAGAUUGCCAUCUUAACCUGCCCCUUCGAACCCCCUAAACCCAAAACCAAGCAUAACAUUAACAUUACUAACGCUGAAGAUUACAAGAAAUUAUACGCCUAAGAAUAAUAAUAUUUCAAGGAUAUGGUUGCUGACUGCAAAAAGUCUGGUGCCAACCUUAUUAUGUGCCAAUGGGGUUUCGAUGAUGAAGCUAAUCAUUUAUUAUUAUAAGCUGAUUUACCCGCUGUUAGAUGGGUUAGCGGUACUGAUAUUGAAUUGAUUGCUGUCGCCACUGGUGGUAGAAUCGUACCAAGAUUCGAAGAGCUCUCUGCUGAUAAGUUAGGUGAAGCUAAGGUCGUUAGAGAAAUUUAAUUCGGUACUUCCAAUGAAAGAAUGCUCGUUAUUGAAGAAUGCAAGCAAUCUAAGGCUGUUACUAUUUUGAUUAGAGGUGGUUCUAACAUGAUUGUCUCUGAAGCCAAAAGAAGUAUUCACGAUGCUAACUGUGUUGUUAGAAACUUAAUCAAGUGCCCUAAGGUCGUUUAUGGUGGUGGUUCUGCUGAAAUUGCUUGUGCUUUAACUGUUAACUAAGAAGCUGAUAAGAUUUCAUCAGUUGAAUAAUACGCUGUUAGAGCUUUCGCUGAUGCUUUGGAAGAUAUUCCCAACGCUUUAGCUGAUAACUCUGGUUUAAAUCCUAUUGAAGCUGUUGCUAAUGCUAAGGCCUUAUAGGUUAGUCAAAACAAUCCUAGAAUUGGUGUUGACUGCUUACUUGAAGGUACAUCUGAUAUGAAAGAAUAGAAGGUAUAUGAAACUUACUUAUCCAAGAGAUAAUAAUUCUAAUUAGCUACUUAAGUUGUUAAGAUGAUCUUAAAGAUUGAUGAUGUUAUUUCUCCUGAUCACUAAUGA